GUACAACCUAACCUUUUUUAGUAAUUGCGCAUGCGUGAUGUAUGGAAUCAUGUUUUUAUGCUAAUAUUUUAACAGUCGUUUUAUUAAGAAAUUUUCAAUAUUAUAAUAUAAUAUAAGUUUUUGAUAGUGAAUAAUUUAAUAAUACGAUAAACUAAUAAUAAAAGUAAAAGUACCAUAGUAGCAAUUUUUCCAAUUUUUGGAGCUAUGGCUGGUAUUGUACCAUUGUCUGGUAGAUCUGGUAGAAAACAAUGGACAUUGCAUGAUGGGCCAAGAGGAUCUCUUAGAAGAUUACGGUCUCAGUUGGCUGAAGAUGGUUGUCCAGAAUCUCAAGUAGUUUUAGCAAAACAAUUAUUGGAAGAAAGAUGUGAUUUAGAUGUGGAUAAAGAAGAAAAUGCAAAAUUGGGAGUAUAUUGGCUUACAAAAGCUUCAGAACAAGGAAAUUUAGAAGCAACAGAUAUACUUAGAAAAUGUUUAGCCACUGGUCGUGGUAUCACACAACACAAUUAUUAUGAUGUUAAAAGUUGUCUUGAUAUGACUCAAGAUGAAAAAUUAGCCAGAAAAGCAGCAAGAGAAAUGUUCACUAGUCUAUCAAAUGGUGAAGAUUUUAUUACAACAGAGCAACUACAAAGACGUAUGAAAGACAUAGCAUCAAAUUCAUCUAAUUAUAAUUAUUCUUAUUCAAAUAAUGUGUUACACAAUAAUUCACAGAAAGAUAUAAAUGAUAUUUCAACUGAUAAUUUUCCUAAAAAUGGGCUUCCUGAAGACUGUUCACCUAAAAAGGAUGAAGAUAAAGAAAGUAAUAACCAUGAUUGGAUGGAUCAUCAAGGGGAGAAAAUUACAGAAGCAGCUCUUGUUUCUGCUGCUGCUAGCUAUGCUCGUGGUAUGCUCCCAAUAGUUUCACAUGCUAUAUGUAUGAUAGAUCGUUCUCAAAUGGCAUUAGAUACUAUACCAUUGUUACAAAGGCCUCUUAUUCAUCCACUUGCUUCCUUGAAACGUUUGUAUAUUUGGUUGAUAGAAACAUUAGGUCAAAGAGGAAUGUCAAUUAAGAAGAUUCUUUUUACAUCAAAUACCCAUAUAUUGUUACUUCUUUUAUUAUAUUCAUUAUUUGGUACAGAAAGCCUCAUACUUUUUAUACCAAUGGCUCUAUAUUAUUUAUCUUUUAUUAUUAUGGUUAUUGCUACUUUUCAAAUGUUACAACGAAAACGUGAAUUUAAUAAUUUUCGCGUUUGGUCUGGCUUAUUUCUCAAUUAUUCCGGUGGAAAUCUAAAUCCCGAUGAAGCAGAAUAUCAAUUUUGCUGUAAUAAUCUUAAACCUUAUGGUCAUUUUUUUCUUGCUUUACUUGUAAAUUUAAUGACCUAUCCUAUUAUUGCUCAUCAAUGGACACCUCAGUCAGAAUUUACUAUUAUAGCGGUUGCAUUAACGUUAAUAACGUUGUUAAAUUUUAUGUGGAAAGAUUCGUCCAAAUUUCCAGACUUUUUAGCUCUCUUCAGUUUCGGUGUUCAUGUUUUAGCAAAGUAUCCAUAUGAAACAGAUAUUGUAGUUGCUCAAGGCUGGAGAUUUUUGGAUAUAAGAGUUCCAACAUUUGCUUCAUAUGUUGUUGGUAAUGGUAUCGAAUUUUGUUUGAAUUUUCGAGCAGUUUUUUAUCUCCUGAUUCCAGCAGUAUUCGCAAAAAUGGCAGCUCGCGAUAAUUGGCGAGGAACCUAUCAAACUUUGAUACCUCAUUGUGUUACUUUAAGUUGGUGGCAAAUAGCGAUAUUUAGUUCUCAAGGUGCAACAUGGUAUGGCCUAAUUAGAGGUGCUCUUGCAUUAGUUGGUAUGGUUCUCUUUUUACCACUUGCUGGAUUAGCCUCUAUCAUUUUGCCAAUCAUAGCUGCUGCUAAAUAUUUAUCAGAAAGUGACUUAGCAAUGAGAAUAGGUGUAACUUCUUUAUUGGGAGGAAUGCCAUUUCUUGCCUCUUGGUAUUUAAGAAAAACUCGAACUCCCAAACUUAAUUGGAUAAUUACUGUUAUUCAGUUAGUCAUGGGCAUCAGUGCUGGCAUAUUUUUAUCAUGGCCUAUGAUAAUGGAAUUUAAGCAAGAACCAGAUUCAUAUGAAAGUGUUUCAUCACUUUCAUGGGAACAAUAUCAAAAUCAUUGUCAUCAGCCUGCAUGGGAAGAGUUAUCGUCCAAGGCACAAGUGCAAAUUCAAUGUGCUGAUUUAGAAGGAAUAUUAAUCAUGGAAGGUUAUGUAACAAAUAUUAAGUUAAAAUCGAUAAAAAAUAAUAUAGCUGCAAUAUUUAAUAAACUGCCUGAUAGUAUUAGAAAUAUAAUUAGCUGUAUGUAUGGUGAACCAUAUCUAAAUAGUUGCAAUUCGAAUGACAAAUUAAGGCAAGAAAAUUGUAGGCAUUUUGCAAGCAUUCAAAAACGAAGAAACAAAUGUUACUUUCCUUCUUGGAAUCAAUAUGAAUUUGAGAUUUCAGUAAAAAUGAAGAGUGGCAUGUGGGGAAACAAUGCGGAAAUUUUAUUAGUUGCGGAUCAUUCUUUUACUAAUUUUAGUUUAAAUAUAUAUCCGGGCGAUAAAAUUUGGUUUUCCGGUACACUCUUAAAUAAUGGAUUAGAAGAUGAAUCGUUACUCGGUGGAUCUGAGCCUCAUAUUGCGUUAGAAGAAAUUGGCUGUCUUGCAUGUCAUUCUAUUGAUUUAAAAUCUUACAAACGUUACAAAUAUCAUGUAACGAUUAGUUCGAUUUUAAGUGAUUUCUAUUUAGGUAUAAAAACGGUUUUGAAUUUUUUGUUGAAUCCUAUCGUAAUGUUCAAAUAAUCGUAUUAUAUGCGAUUAUGAAAUGUACAAUAUCAAAAGUCUUUUGAAUGCAAAAAGUAUUCUGAAUUUCCCUUUCAAAAAACUACUAAGAGAUAAUGAUCGAAUGAUGUUAAUAAAAAAAAAAAAAAAAGAAA